AUGUACGAUUCUUUCGACAACAUGUACCAAGCGACUAUUGGAAUCGAUUUUCUGUCCAAGACGAUGUACCUCGAAGACCGAACCGUUCGAUUACAACUUUGGGAUACAGCAGGCCAGGAGCGUUUCCGGAGCUUGAUUCCAUCCUACAUCCGCGACUCGAGCGUGGCUGUGGUUGUUUAUGAUAUUUCUAAUGCGAAAUCUUUCCAAAACACACGGAAAUGGAUCGACGAUGUUCGUGCAGAGCGUGGAAACGAUGUCAUAAUUGUUCUCGUUGGAAACAAGACAGAUUUAAACGACAAACGUGAAGUAACGACCCAACAGGGCGAAGAGGAGGCCAAGAGGAACAACCUGAUGUUUGUGGAAACCAGUGCCAAGGUGGGCCACAACGUGAAGCCGCUAUUCAAAAGAAUAGCACAGGCCCUUCCGGGAAUGGAAGGGACGGACGCCGCCGCACAAGCGUCAAGCCAGAUGAUUGAUGUCAAGACGACGCCCGCCCCGCCAAGCCAAGAAGGAUGUGCUUGUUAG